AUGGAUUCCAAGCCCGAUGGCAGCUUCAUCAUGACCCACGCCGCCCCAUUGUCCUCAGCAUCCAGCUCCAACUCCGCGUUCUGCUCGACCUGCCAGACCCUCGAGAUGUGCAUCACCACUUUUGAAUCACUACUAGCAUCUGGAAAAUGGAGUGAACCCAUGCCCCGGGGCCUCACACCGGAGCAAGAUGCUCGAAUUGGUCGCCGUUCUGAGAUCAAAUAUCGUGCCGAAGUGCAGCAAUGUCCUGGCUGUCAAUCUCUUCUCGCAGCGUGGGAUGAGUACAUGAAAACAGCAGACGAGAUAGAUUUUGACCCGUCACUGUACGUGGGGCAUGAGAAAGCUGACUAUGAUAUCAAACUUGUGAUAAAGAGAAAUGACACGACGUGGAGCAAUCCGAUUCGAAUAGCCAGUAGCUUCUCAGGGAUUCCGGGUCUGUAUCUGGAACCGACUUUAAAAUUCCCCCCAUCGUGUGAACUGGGACGCAUCUGUGACCCUUCUCGCGUCGAAAUCUCUUUACUCAAGAAGUGGGUUUCUUGCUGUGAAGAAUCCCAUGACGAUACAUGCUCGGCUGCAAUUGUUUCGACAAACCUGGGUCCUACUACUCCAGUCAAUUACAUUGAUCUCGAACAGUCCUGCAUCGUGGCACUUUCGGAACCGCCACAAUAUGUCGCUCUGAGCUACGUCUGGGGCCAAGUGCCCACCCUUAUGACAACCAAAAGUAACCUCGAGGAAAUGAGGAUACCAGAUGCACUAGCAAAGGCAGCAGAUCAGAUCCCUAAGACGAUCCGGGAUGCCAUGAAUUUGACUCUUGCGCUGGACGUAAAUUACCUCUGGGUCGACGCUCUCUGUAUCGUGCAAGACGAUUACGAGACCAAACAAGACCAUCUCCAAGCCAUGCCAUCUAUCUAUUCCCUUGCCAAGUUCACACUCGCCAUCAUUAAUGGCCUUGAUGCCAAUGCAGGCAUACAAGGAAUUGGCACAAACCCAGAAUCUCGAUCCGUGCCGCCGUACAUCAGGCUCCCAACUAAGACCGUAGCCGUCAAGUCAAAAACCCUCCACAAACGCCUUAAAUUUCUCAACCGAAUGGGGUUCCAUUCACGCCCGAUUUGGAGUCGACGAGCAUGGACGAUGCAAGAACAGAUGUUUUCAAAACGUCUCCUCCUUAUGGAGGGGCUUGCAUCUUGGAUUUGUAUGCGUACGCAAUUUCGAGAAGAGAUUGAACGUGCAGUCGAGGAUGUAGAUUAUGCAAAGAGCAAUCCAGCGAACCAGCGAUACAGGCUCAUUCAUCCGCGCAACAUGAAUCUGAAGAUGCUGGGGAGGCUAGUAGACGAGUACAAUCAGCGGGAUCUCUCAUUUGAAGAAGAUGUCUCGGAUGCUUUCCUAGGAAUCUCGGCCCUGAGCGUUCCUCUUUUUGGACCCAUACAUUUUGGAAUGCCAGAAGCAUUUUUCGACCACGCAAUGUGCUGGCAACCAUCGUCAAAACUUCGACCCCGUCAACUGACAAAUCCAGAGAGGAAGCUGCCGAGCUGGUCUUGGAUGGGAUGGUACGGAGAGCUGGACCUCUCGCUAUGGGAAGUGUUCCAAGACCAUAUCCUGGAGAUCUUCGACGACAUGAGCAAGAGCCCCUUCCUUGGGUUUGACAUUCGUAUCAAGCCAUUGGUUACGUGGCAUAAGAUCUGCUUGGCCUGCAACCAAUAUUUCCCGAUCUCGAAUUCCUAUCACGAGUCUCGUGGCAUUUUGGAAGCUCCCGCGGGAUGGACACGCCUCGAUGCUCCUUCGCAUUGGCCGAGGGACUUGGCUAGUUCUUAUUUCCAACGAAGUUCCGAAAAAGGUGCCGGAACGUUCGGUAAGCUCUUGUAUCGAUAUCCCAUUAUCCACCCUGACCACGAUCCUCCUCAUCGCUGUCGAAACCCCCUCUUUGAUACCAUACUCAAUGUCCGCACUCAGCGGCUUUUUUCUAUCGUUUCAGUUUCGGAAAUCCGCAGAAAGGAGUUCAAGUGGAGUACGGAGCCUUCGAUCAUCGACGCUUACAUUCUGGACGACUCUGGGGCUCGCAUAGGAAGCGUCUCUCCUGUCGAUCUCCCAUUGGGCUCCUCUUACACCGAUUGCGAGUUCAUCGCCAUAUCCACUGGUUCGUGUCCAUCUCGUCAAGCCGAUGGGAGUAAAUGGGGCAAAACGUGGGCAUCAGGGCGUUCUCAUCCAUUUGAAAUAGAUGUCGACGGGGAGUUCGCCAUGGGAGAGCGAUACGAAUUCGUCAACGUGCUGUGGAUCGAAAGACGAGAAGGAGUUGCAUAUAGGAGAACGUUGGGCAGGAUCAGCAAGCGAGCCUGGGAAAGGGGCCCCCUAGAGGAGGUUGAUGUAAGACUCGGCUGA